AUGGCAAUCGCGACCAGACUAUCACCCAAGGCAAUGACUACCCUUGGAGUUAUGGCCUUUGUAACUCUCUGCUUCCAAACCUUCAACUCAUCAGCACUUCCCUCUCUCGACGCAACAACACUUGCUCGUCUUGAUGCAAUCGAACGUCAAAUUGCAACUCUGAACCACAUUCUCGCAGAAACAAACUCCACAGUCCCUUUGAAUUUAACCUUUCCAACCCGAUCCUCCCCGGACACAUCACUUGCAGAAGUGACAAAGAUGGUUUUUGGCAUCGCUGCAAUUUUGGCUUGGGCAGCUUCGAUGAGUAUCUUCUUCGAAGAGGUUGGAAAAGCGGCGUCAAGAACCUUUGCGAUGGGGAUCUGGACUGCUUGUGUUACGUUUGUCGGACUCUGGUAUUUCGGAGAGCCUAGAGAGUGGUAUGGGUAUUUUUUGGGUGCUAAUUGGGGGUUUAUCGGUGCCGUGUUUUUGGCGGUUGUUUUCGAUAGGAGGGAUGGGGGUGUGGAUAGGCUGAAGGAGGCUGUCGUAGAUGGGCAGAAGGCUUGA